AUUAUUUCGGUGUAAACCGUUCGUCCGUUUACCUCAGAUAUUCUCUCUUUCUCUUUGCGGUAGUGCUCGAUUAGUGAACAACUAACGUUAACCGCCUUUUCCUUUCUUUUGUUUAUUUACAAUUUAACUGAGCAGAUAGACAAGCUGAUGCAAAGGGUUAAUAAUUCGUUAGACAUUCAACAUUAAGUCACUUUAAAUGUUUAUAUGAGUCCAUUACGAUGUUGAAUCUCAAAUAAAUGUAAUAAGGUUUCUGGGUUGGAUAUAGUAAGGAUUUUCAGAUGCAUGAACUUUUAUAUAACGUUAACGUUUUUUUUUUCUUGCAGUUGUUGAAGCAGAUAUUGAUUAGAAAAUGACUUAACACGUGUUUUAAUGUUAAAACACGAGCCUGCAUUCACACAAUAGCAGCCUGAGUACUUUUGGUUUCUCUUUCCAACAUUUCUGAUCUUUCCUUACCCCUCUCUCUCUUACACCAUAUGAUUAUGUAGCCAAAAAACAUCUGUAUUUCAAAAGGAGUAACGUUGGUGGAAUUUGAAUAGUUCACUACAUUUUUACCCUAAAUUUCCCUUGACCUUAAUCGCUCUGAAUGUUCUUUUUUCAUUAAGGUUAUUGGUCGUGAAGGAUUUGAAGAGUUAAGGCCAAGAAUGUGGAAGAAUGUUCAAGAUAAAAGAAGGCUUUUACAGAGAAAAAAAGUUUACAGAGCAGACGGUUAAGUGGGAAGGGGAGAAAAGAACGGAAGAUCUGUCAGAUAGCAGCACGUUCGCGUAAUGUGUCUAAAGCAGAAAAAAAGAAAAGAGGUUUCAGAUUGGGGUGAAGAAAUGAAAAGGAGAGAAAAAUGAAAACUGAACAAACGAAGACCGAAGAAUAAAAUGCCUGAGAGAGAGGAAUAGCGUAUACUGAAAACCGAAGAAUGAAUGAGUCCGAAUCCCGCUCUCCUUCCAAAUCGGAGCGGGGCAGUCCUGCCCAGCCCAAAAUUGAAAGCAGGUCUGGCUCUCCCAGCCCUUCCCGAGCACCCAAACGUUCUGAAUCCAGAUCGCGAUCCCGCUCCAAGUCCAGGUCUCACUCUCGUCGCCAUUCAAAUCGGCGGUACAGCCGCUCUCGGUCUCACUCCCACCGGAAAAAGUCCCGUUCUCGCUCCUACAGCCCUGACUCCCGACGCAGACGGAGCCAGAGCACAUCACCCAUGUCUAACCGCCGUAGACAUGCCGGCAGCAGGAGCUCAUACAGCCAUGACUCCAAAAAAGACUCGCACAGUCAUGGUGAUGCCAGGGCCAAUCCAGACCCAAACACGUGUCUGGGUGUGUUUGGUCUCAGUCUGUACACAACAGAGCGAGACCUGAAAGAGGUCUUCUCACGUUACGGCCCUUUAGCCGGUGUCAAUGUUGUCUACGACCAGCGAACAGGACGCUCUCGUGGUUUUGCCUUCAUUUACUAUGAGCACAUUGAUGAUGCUAAAGAGGCAAUGGAGCGGGCUAAUGGCAUGGAGCUGGAUGGAAGGCGCAUCAGGGUGGAUUAUUCCAUCACCAAACGUCCACACACACCCACACCAGGCAUCUACAUGGGUCGGCCCACACAUAACGGAGGUGGGAGCAGCAGCAGCAGCAGCGGUGGCCGUAGACGAGACUGGAAUUACGAUCGUGGCUAUGACAGAUACGACCGUUAUGAUGAGUAUGAUUACAGAUACAGCAGGAGGCGCUCUCCGUCACCUUAUUACAGCCGGUACAGGUCUCGCUCAAGAUCUCGUUCAUACAGCCCACGACGAUACUAAGAAGAUCCUCAAGACUUCUUUUGCCUGUUUGCAUAUUACAUUUAUAAACACAUGAAGUACAUGGAAAAACUCACUGUAUUAGAGAAAGAUUUGUUUAAUGUAUUAAUUUGUAGACUUCCCCUUUAUGUAAGUUUAAGGUUUGCGGAGAUCAUAAAUGCAAAUUUUAUGUUUUUUUUUUUUUUUUUUGGUUGUGCGUUCCUAUGGUGUGAUAUGAGUUUUUCUAUAUACUGGGCAUCUUUUAGCAGGUAUGAAUGCAGUACUGAGAGUGAGUGAGUGAGUGUGUGUGUGUGAGUUACUGUACAUCCAUGAGGCAGAGCAUCAUGUACUUGAGAAAGCAUGCUGAGAUUGCCUCCAUUUAUCUGUGACAAAUACCUUUAUUUUCAGGAGUAAUUUGUGUUGCUUUGUGUCUUUUUCAAGAAAUAAAGACCUCAAAAUAA